AUGUGCAGGCAAGAGGAGCCCAUGAAAUUGGUAACCUGGGUCUGGAUGGCAUCGUGCAACAAAAUGAUUGGCGUGCUGCUGGUCUUUUUCCCCGCUCUGCUCCUGGAGAUGGACGUGCUGCCCAGGAGCGCCGGGCGGAAGGUGCUUCUCUCCGCAGCCUCCUCGCAGCGGUCGGUGGCUCGGAUGGACGGGGAUGUCAUCAUCGGGGCCCUCUUCUCUGUCCAUCACCAGCCGCCGGCUGAGAAAGUGCCCGAGAGGAAGUGCGGGGAAAUCCGGGAGCAAUACGGCAUCCAGAGAGUCGAAGCCAUGUUUCACACUUUGGAUAAAAUUAACGCCGACCCGGUCCUGCUACCUAACAUCACCCUGGGCAGCGAGAUCCGAGACUCCUGCUGGCACUCCUCGGUGGCCCUGGAGCAGAGCAUCGAGUUCAUACGGGACUCCCUCAUCUCCAUCAGGGACGACAGGGACGGGGGCGCCCGCUGCGUUUCCGACUCGCAGCCCCAGCCCCAGACCAGAGUGAAAAAGCCCAUCGCGGGGGUGAUCGGCCCCGGCUCCAGCUCGGUCGCUAUCCAAGUCCAAAAUCUGCUCCAGCUCUUCGACAUCCCCCAGAUCGCUUACUCCGCCACCAGCAUCGACCUGAGCGACAAAACGCUGUACAAAUACUUCCUCAGGGUGGUCCCCUCCGACACGCUGCAAGCCAGGGCCAUGCUCGACAUCGUCAAGCGCCACAACUGGACCUCCGCCUCCGCCGUCCACACGGAAGGAAAUUAUGGGGAAAGUGGAAUGGAAGCCUUCAAAGAGCUGGCUGCCCAAGAGGGUCUCUGCAUUGCUCACUCUGACAAGAUCUACAGCAAUGCUGGGGAAAAGAGCUUUGAUCGCCUGCUCCGCAAGCUGCGAGAAAGGUUACCCAAGGCUAGAGUGGUGGUUUGUUUCUGCGAGGGAAUGACAGUGAGGGGGAUCCUCAUCGCCAUGAGGCGCCUGGGAGUGCUUGGGGAGUUCCUGCUAAUUGGAAGUGACGGUUGGGCAGACAGAGAUGAAGUCAUCGAAGGUUACGAACCUGAAGCAAACGGAGGCAUCACUAUCAAACUGCAGUCUCCAGAGAUCUUGUCGUUUGAUGACUACUAUCUGAAGUUGCGUCUGGACACCAACACCCGCAACCCCUGGUUUCCUGAGUUCUGGCAGCACAGAUUUCAGUGCCGCAUCCCGGGGCACCCGCUAGAGAAUCCCAACUUCCAGAAGAACUGCACUGGCAAUGAAAGCCUAGAAGAAAACUAUGUGCAGGACAGUAAAAUGGGAUUUGUCAUCAAUGCUAUAUAUGCUAUGGCUCAUGGGCUCCAAAAUAUGCAUCAUUCCCUUUGCCCUGGACAUGUUGGGCUGUGUGAUGCUAUGAAGCCAAUUGAUGGCAGCAAGCUCUUGGAGUUCCUCCUCAAAUCCUCAUUCAUUGGUGUUUCUGGAGAAGAAGUUUGGUUUGAUGAAAAGGGAGAUGCCCCUGGAAGGUAUGACAUCAUGAACCUGCAGUACAUAGAGCCCAACCGCUAUGACUACGUCCUCAUUGGGACCUGGCACGAAGGUGUGCUCAACAUCGACGACUACAGGAUUCAGAUGAAUAAGAGUGGAAUGGUCCGAUCGGUGUGCAGUGAGCCUUGCUUGAAGGGCCAGAUUAAGGUGAUCAGGAAAGGAGAAGUGAGUUGCUGCUGGAUUUGCACUGCUUGCAAGGAGAAUGAGUUUGUUCAGGAUGAAUUCACAUGUAAAGCCUGUGAGCUUGGCUGGUGGCCAAAUGCUGACCUGACAGGCUGUGAACCCAUCCCUGUAAAGUACCUCCAGUGGAGCAAUAUAGAGUCUAUUGUGGCUGUGGUCUUUUCCUGCCUGGGGAUCCUGGUCACCAUGUUUGUCACCCUUAUCUUUGUGCUCUACAGGGACACCCCUGUUGUCAAAUCCUCCAGCCGGGAGCUCUGCUACAUUAUCCUUGCUGGCAUCUUUCUGGGUUACGUUUGCCCUUUCACCCUUAUAGCUAAACCCACCACAACAUCCUGCUACCUCCAGCGCCUUCUGGUGGGUCUCUCCUCUGCCAUGUGCUAUUCUGCCCUUGUGACCAAAACCAACCGCAUUGCACGCAUCCUGGCAGGCAGCAAAAAGAAGAUCUGUACCCGCAAGCCACGUUUCAUGAGCGCUUGGGCCCAAGUGGUUAUUGCCUCCAUUUUGAUCAGCGUGCAGCUGACACUGGUGGUCACGCUGAUCAUCCUGGAGCCCCCGAUGCCCAUCCUCUCCUACCCCAGCAUUAAGGAAGUUUACCUUAUCUGCAACACCAGCAACCUAGGCGUCGUGGCUCCUGUGGGCUACAAUGGACUCCUCAUCAUGAGCUGCACAUACUAUGCCUUCAAGACUCGCAAUGUGCCUGCCAAUUUCAAUGAGGCCAAGUACAUUGCAUUCACCAUGUACACCACUUGUAUCAUCUGGCUGGCCUUUGUGCCUAUCUAUUUCGGCAGCAACUACAAGAUCAUCACCACCUGUUUUGCAGUGAGCCUGAGCGUGACAGUGGCGCUGGGGUGCAUGUUCACUCCUAAGAUGUACAUCAUCAUAGCCAAGCCUGAGAGGAACGUCCGCAGUGCCUUCACCACCUCAGAUGUGGUGCGUAUGCAUGUCGGGGACGGCAAGACACCUUGCAAGUCCAACACCUUCCUCAACAUAUUCCGGAGAAAGAAACCAGGGGCUGGAAAUCCAAAUUCUAAUGGAAAGUCUGUGUCAUGGUCUGAACCAGGUGGAAGACAAGCUCCCAAGGGGGAACACAUGUGGCACAGACUCUCAGUGCAUGUGAAGAGCCAGGAGACAGGGUGCAAUCAGACAGCGGUGAUCAAACCCCUCACUAAAAGCUACCACGGCCAAAGCAAGAGCCUGACCUUUACCGACAUCAGCAGUAAGACUCUGUACAAUGUGGUGGAGGAAGAAGAUAGAGAGCCCGUUCGCCACAACCAGCCCGGCAGCCCCUCCAUGGUGGUGCACAGGCGGGUGGCGACGACCCCCCCGCUGCAGGCCACAGCGGAGGACACCCACCUCUUCUUUUUCUUGCCCGAGCAGCCCCGCAAGACCCUGCCCUUGCAGCCGCGGUCUCUCAUGGACCAGCUGCAAGGAGUGGUCAACAAAUUUGCCACCGGCAUCCCUCGGCCCCCCUACCAGCCCCCCCCGCCGCACCAGCCGCCCCCUCCGCCUCUCCAGGUGGCCACCUUCAGUGAGGAGCCCCUGUCUCCCCCAGCUGAGGAAGCAGAAAGUGAGAAGCUGAAGCUCAUUCAGGGAUACGUCUACGAGAAGAACCCAGAGGAGGAGGACGAGGAGCCAGCAACCAGCAAACUGACUCUGGAAGACUCUCCGGCGCUGACGCCCCCGUCCCCUUUCCGGGAUUCGGUGGCUUCUGGCAGCUCCGUGCCCAGCUCCCCUGUCUCGGAGUCGGUGCUCUGCACCCCCCCAGAUGUGACCUAUGCCUCUGUCAUCCUGAGGGAUUAUAAGCAAAGCUCGUCCACCCUGUAG